ACACUGGCCAUGUCGAUCAAUCCGGCUCUGAAACUGAAGUUGGAUGAGCUGUUUUUGCGGUGGCUCACCGAUCCUGCUACUCAAAACGUUUUACACGAAAAUUUAAUCCAACUCAAAGCAAAUGAAUCCUUACAAACGAUGCUGGCCGUCCCGAGCGGAGUGGUUGUGGGCCCCAUGUCUUCUUCCGUAUACAGCUUUUUCUAUGGUUCCAUCCCAUGUGAAUCACCCGCUCCAAAUUUCGACGCAUCGGCUGGUGGUGUUUCGUCAGUCGGCGCCACCUCAUACGAAGAUGUUCAGUCCGCGUUCACCCCGGCGUCAUGUACCGUCGGUUAG